AUGGCUGAGAGGCCGGUGUCGACAGCUCUUCAAGAUGUACUCACACGUAUGAAACAGGCGUCGGAACGUGCUGGCAGGACACAGUCGGUCCGCCUGGUGGCUGUCAGCAAGACCAAGCCUGUGGAGGCGCUUCAGGAGGCUUACGACGCGGGGCAGCGAGUGUUCGGAGAAAACUAUGUGCAGGAGAUGCUGGAUAAGGCCCCGGCGCUGCCUUCCGACGUUCAGUGGCAUUUCAUUGGUCACCUACAAUCAAAUAAAGUCAAGGCCGUAGUGGAGAAUGUGCCCAACCUCGCCAUGGUGGAAACGGUCGACUCGACAAAGCUGGCUGACAAACUCAACCGGGCGGUGGAGGUGGCGGGCCGCACACAGCCGCUGGCGGUCAUGGUCCAGGUCAACACGAGUGGGGAGGAGUCGAAGUUCGGAGUGGAGCCGGGGGAAUGCGUGGCGCUGGCAAAACACAUCGUACAGAGCUGUCCAAAGCUCCGCCUGGCGGGCCUUAUGACCAUCGGCAUGCCCGACUACUCCUCUCGACCGGAAAACUUCGAGUGCCUGGCAGACUGCCGUAUGAAAGUGGCAGCUGAGCUGGGCAUGGUUCCGGAGCAUUUGGAGCUCAGCAUGGGCAUGUCGGGGGACUUCGAGCAGGCGAUCGAAAUGGGCAGCACCAACAUCCGCGUGGGCAGCACCAUCUUCGGAGCCAGGGACUACUCCAAGACGCGAGCCAAGUCGCCGUCACCGCCGCCUCCGCAGCAAUAG